AACAUCGAAGUAUUGUUUGUAAACAAACGACUUCCAUUAUUCACGAUUCGUGCGAAAUUGUUUCUGCAUUUUCAGUUUUAAAAUAUUGGCAAAUUCAUGUUAGUUUGUCCAUUUAUAUGAUAGGAAAAGACAUCAUGAGUGGAGGAUAUUACACGCAAGAUGAAACGGACGGUAUGAAUUCCGACUCGGACGGCACCGAACAGACGAGCAAAUCGGGCGUCCCGCUACGGGAACAGGAUCGCUUCUUGCCGAUCGCCAACAUCACCAAAAUAAUGAAGAAAGCCAUUCCACCUAACGGGAAAAUAGCCAAAGAUGCUCGCGAAUGUCUGCAGGAGUGUGUCUCCGAAUUCAUCUCGUUCAUCACGUCCGAGGCCAGCGAACGGUGCCAUCUGGAGAAACGGAAGACAAUCAACGGGGAGGACAUCCUGUGUGCAAUGUAUACGCUCGGAUUCGACAACUACGUCGAACCGCUCAAAACGUAUCUCACCAAAUACCGCGAGAGUAUAAAAAAGUUCGAACGAGCCAGCCCGGAUCAAACACCCGAUCAUCAGACGCAAUACGAGGUUAUCAAUCAAGAAUUUGGCACAAAUUCGGAACAAACGAUGUCUACAACAAAUGCUCGAGAAGUUAUCUAUCAAAGUGCGGAUGGCAGCUUUUAUCUAAAGAGCAAUAAUUUUCAAUAGAAAGAACAGAACGAUUAGUUAAGGUAAGACAGUAAAAGUCUACAUUAUUUUAAGCGAAAUUAUGCCUAAAUGAAUCGGUUUACUUGAAA